UGGGAGCUAUUUAAUCAGUUACAGGGAUGUGUGUGUGUGUUUCUCUGCCUCUACGAACUGACUGACUGACUGUGCUACGUUACCUCACAGGGCACAUAAUCUCUCUCUCUUUCUGUCCCCCUCUAGCUUCCCCUUUCUUUCUCUCUCUCUCUCUCUCCCUACUCUCUCACUCUCCCUCUCUCACGCUCCCUCUCCCUCUCUUAUGCUCCCUCUCUCACGCUCCCUCUCUCUGUCUCUUUCUCUCGGCUGAAUGGAGAAGGCAGAAUUUGUAGGUUCAUUGCCGGGGCCUGGCCUGGUUGCUGGGGAUGUAGUUGCCUUGUCGGAGGUGGUGCGGGGUACAGGCGAGGAGCCGGCGGGGACAGUGGUCAGUUCCAGAAUGUUCCGCUGUGUGUGUGUCCGACGCUGGAUACCCCUGGCCUACAGAGAGGAACUCUACCAUGUACUGAAACUCACAGGACCUCUGCUGGUGUCGCGGAUCCUGAACUUCUUGCUCCCGUUUGUCAUCACCAUAUUCUGUGGUCACCUUGGCAAUGCAGAGCUGGCGGGAUACGCACUGGGCUCUGCGGUGAUCAAUGUGACCACGACGUCUACGGGCUACGGACUGGCUCUGGCCUGUGAUACACUCGUCUCUCAGACAUUUGGCAGCAGUAACCUGCACCGUGUGGGGGUGAUCCUGCAGAGAGCAGUGUUGAUCCUGCUGCUGUUCUGUCUGCCCUGCUGGGGCCUCCUCAUCAACGCCCAAAACAUCCUACUAGCCAUGAAUCAGGAGCAGGAGGUGGCCCGGAUCGCCCAACUUUAUGUGAUGCUUUACCUGCCUGCUGUUCCUGCUAUGUUCCUGCACCAGUUGCAAACAACUUACCUACAGAACCAGGGGAUCAUCCUACCUCAGAUGUACACAGCAGCAGCAGCUAACCUCAUUAACCUGGCUGUGAACUACAUCCUGCUCUUCAGCCUGGAGAUGGGAGUCAUAGGCUCUGCUAUAGCGAACAGCCUGUCUCAGAUCACCAUCAGUCUGCUCCUCUACUUAUAUAUCUGUUGGAGAGGCCUCCACAAGAACACCUGGGCAGGCUGGUCCAGUGAGGCCCUCCAGGAGUGGGGUUCCUACAUGCAACUGGCCAUCCCCAGUACCCUGAUGGUCUGCUUCGAGUGGUGGGUCUGGGAGAUAGGAGGCUUCCUCGCUGGUAUGCUAGGAGAGGUGGAUCUAGCAGCACAGCAUGUGCUGUUGGAGAUAGGAGCCAUUACCUACAUGUUCCCUCUAGGUGUCCAUGCCGCUGCCUGUGUACGGGUGGGGAACGCUCUGGGAGCAGGAGACACCUCCAGGGCUCUACUCACCUGCAAAGUAGCCCUGGUGCUCUCAGGAGUGCUGGCUGUGUUCCAGGGUAUUGCCAUCGGUAGCUCCAGGCAUGUGUUAGGCUACAUCUUCACCUCAGACCAGUGAGUGUUAGACAAUGUAUCAUUUAUUGUU